AUGUCAUGCCGAAAUUUCCAGCUGAGCUCCAGAUGUGGUAGCCGAAGUUUCAGCUCGUGCUCAGCCAUCAUGCCCCGGAUGGUCACCCACUAUGAAGUGAGCAAGGGGCCCUGCCGGCCUGGGGGUGCUGGGGGCCUCCGAGCCCUGGGCUGCCUUGGAUCUCGGAGCCUGUGCAAUGUGGGCCUUGGGAGGCCACGCGUGGCCUCCAGAUGUGGCAUGCAGGGCUUUGGGUACCGAGCGGGAGCUGCCUGCGGACCUCCCAUGUGCAUCACCCCUGUCACUGUCAAUGAGAGCCUGCUGGUCCCCCUGGAGCUGGAGAUCGACCCCACGGUGCAGAGGGUGAAGAGGGAUGAGAAGGAGCAGAUCAAAUGCCUCAAUAACCGAUUCGCAUCCUUCAUCAACAAGGUGCGCUUCCUGGAGCAGAAGAACAAGCUGCUGGAGACCAAGUGGAACUUUAUGCAGCAGCAGAGGAGCUGCCAAAGCAACAUGGAACCACUGUUUGAGGGCUACAUCUGUGCCCUGAGACGACAGCUGGACUGUGUGUCUGGGGACCAUGGGAGACUGGAGACUGAGCUCUGCAGCCUCCAGGAUGCGCUGGAGGGUUACAAGAAAAAGUACGAAGAGGAACUGUCGCUGCGCCCCUGUGCUGAGAAUGAGUUUGUCACCUUGAAGAAGGAUGUGGACACGGCCUUCCUGGUGAAGGCUGACCUAGAAACCAACUUGGAGGCUCUCGAACACGAGAUUGAGUUCCUAAAAGCCCUGUUUGAGGAGGAGAUCAGCUUGCUGCAGUCCCAGAUCUCUGAGACCUCAGUCAUCGUGAAGAUGGACAACAGCCGAGACCUGGAUGUGGACGGCAUCAUAGCUGAGAUCAAGGCCCAGUACGAUGACAUCGCCAGUCGCAGCAAAGCAGAGGCAGAGGCCUGGUACCAAUGCCGGUAUGAGGAGCUGAGACUGACAGCUGGGAACCACUGUGACAACCUACGCAACCGCAAGAACGAGAUCCUAGAGAUGAACAAGCUGAUCCAGCGGCUGCAGCAGGACAUUGAAACAGUCAAAGGCCAGCGCUGCAAACUUGAGGGAGCCAUUGCCCAGGCAGAGCAGCAGGGAGAGGCGGCCCUCAGUGAUGCCAAGUGCAAGCUGGCAGGGCUGGAGGAAGCCCUUCAGAAGGCGAAGCAGGACAUGGCCUGCCUGCUCAAGGAGUACCAGGAGGUGAUGAACUCCAAGCUGGGCCUGGACAUUGAGAUCGCCACCUACAGGCGCCUGCUGGAUGGCGAGGAGCACAGGCUGUGUGAAGGUGUUGGGCCUGUGAACAUAUCGGUCAGCAGCUCCAAGGGUGCCGUUCUCUAUGAGCCAUGUGUGGUGGGCACACCCAUGCUGAGGACUGAGUACAGCACAGGGACCAUGGGUUUCCUCAGGAGCAAUGGCGGCUGCAGCGUGGUGGGCACCGGCGAACUCUACAUCCCCUGUGAACCGCAAGGGAUCAUGGGCUGCGGAAGUGGGCGGAACUCCAGCACGAAGAUGGGGGCAGGUAGCAACUCAUGUGGUCGUUAGUGUUAGCACUGCCUCGGUCUGUAAACCCUGGACAUCACACCUCCACAGGGCUGAAGACUAGAAUCUCCCAAAUCCUCCCCUCCCACACCAACUUCACAUUGCCCUGGAAUAGUCUUGGGAGCUGAGCCACGCUCACCUCCACUCUAAUCUUCGAAGCUACAUUUCAGAUAUCUGGGUGCAGACCCCAAGCUGGACCCAGCACGGGUGGGGAGCAGUGAGAGGGUGCAUCCCCCCUCCCCGUCACCUGAAGUUGCAAUGGUCAAGAGAACAACAAUAGUCUAACCACUUCUCCCCAGGUGAGAUGGCUAGUUGGGCACAUUACAGCUUAUUCUGUAGAAGGCUCCCAGCUACUUUCCUCACACAGGCAGCCCUACCCUGCCCACCCCCUACCCAAGCCUCCCUAUCUCCCUUCUCUCCGGCUUUCAAAGACCUAAGAAAAUUUAACUUACAGCACCCACCUGAAGCAUGCACUAUUAUAAAAGAAAAUCAAAAGGAGAUUCCCCAAAUCCUAUUCUGAAUUCCAAAACCAAGGUCCAGAAUUAGAGUUCUUGGACCACUGGACGUUGCUGGUGUCUUCCCAGUCCUGAGGCUCAAGAAUGAACUUUGAGUAGUAUGUUAGACUCAAACUGAAAAAUCUAUGUAGCUCUCAUUGGCAGUUGAUGGUGAGACGUGCUCAGAACAAGGCUGACAGCAUGUGCAUAGAUGCUUCUCAGACAGUGAAGAGCUAGCCUUGGCUAAGGACCCAAGCCCCAGCCCUGUCCACCUCUGUACAUAGCCACUGCUUCCUGCUCCCUCUCAUUUAGUACCUCUAGCGUUGAGCCUUGAGUCAAAUAGGAAUCUGGUUCACCCAUACGGUGCCAUGUAGCUGCCCCAGUCAUUUGGUGACUUGUUCAGGGUCUGAGAGAGAGGAGGUGCCAGGCUGACCUACAAAGCCUGCCCACCUGGAGUUCAAUCUUUGAGGACACUCU